GAAAGGCGCUCGCGAGGAACAGUGGAGUGGAGGAGAGGGGAAUCCAUUCGUUUCUUCUUCUUGGCCUCCAGCAGCUCGGGGCGUCCUCGGUGGUUCCUCCAUUCUGUGUGGAUCGCCAUUGGAAUUCUCGCCUCGUUGGGUGCCCCUCCUCUCCUAGGGUUUCUCUUAGGGUUUCUUGGGCUUCUUCCUCGAAUUCUAGCUGCGGCAAGCGGCUACCCAGCUCCAUUUCCGGUCCUCCGCUCUCCGAUCCGUCGAUCGGGGCAUUUCUUGCCAUUCGCGCGACUCGCGAUUGAUAUGCUGAGCAAUCCGGCGGACUGCUGCCUCCAUGGUUUCCAGGGCGCCGUGCUAAACGAGGUUGGCUGACCGAUGGAGGGAUAAAGACGAGGAAGAAUGCACAGGUUUGUGGGACGCGUGGAAUUUUUGUGAUGAAAUGAGGGAUGCUGGCACGACUGUCGAAGAUGGUAGUAGGAUGCUGGAGACGCGUUGAGCAGUAUGUCCAUAUCGGCGCCACGGUUCCCAGUCGCAACGAUGCUCUCCUCUGGUUCCACGACAUUGGGAAGCACGCAUUUGGCGACUUCUCCAUAGCUGUAGUACAGGCGAACUCCAUACUCGAGGAUCACACCCAGAUCGAGACCGGGCCUGGCAAAACUUUCGUUGGCGUCUACGAUGGACACGGCGGCCCGGAGGCGGCUCAGUAUAUCAACAACCAUCUCUGGCAAAACUUGCAAAGGCUUGCUUCGCAGGAGGGUGACUUCACGAGCGAUGUUUUGCGAAGAGCGAUCUUGUCAACCGAGGAUGGUUUCGAGAGAUACGUCGCUGGCUCCUGGGCAUUAAGACCACAGAUCGCGACGGUUGGAUCGUGCUGCCUCGUCGGGUUGAUACGAGGGAACCAACUGUUUGUCGCCAACUUGGGCGAUUCGAGGGCGGUCAUGGGAACUUUCCUGGGACGGGAUAACAGGAUCACAGCGAUUCAGCUCUCUGCUGAGCACAAUGCCAGCAUAGAUGCCGUGCGUCAGGAGCUCAAGGACUUACAUCCAGACGACUCACACAUUGUCGUUCUCAGGCAUGGAGUCUGGCGUGUCAAAGGGAUAAUCCAGGUGACCAAGUCCAUCGGUGAUGUGUAUCUAAAGAAAGCGGAAUUUAACAGGGAGCCACUUAUCGCUCGGUUUCGCCUUCCACAGCCACUAGAGAGGCCUGUGCUGACUGCGGAACCAUCGAUCAGUGUCUUCACCCUCAGACCAGCGGACCAGUUUUUGAUAUUCGCGUCGGACGGGCUGUGGGAGCACUUGUCCAGCCAGGAAGCCGUAGACAUUGUAUACAGCCAUCCUCGAGCAGGGAUCGCGAGGCGACUGAUCAAGGCUGCGUUGCAAGAGGCGGCCAGGAAACGAGAGAUGAGAUACUUGGACUUGAUACGCAUCGAGCGCGGCGUGAGGCGGCAUUUCCACGACGAUAUAACUGUGGCGGUGGUGUUUCUUGACAGGGAGAUGGUGAUCUCUGGAGGCUCGAGGAGUAUGAGCCCCUUGUCCAUAAGAGCCGGGGGCGAGAGCGCGGUGGCAGCAAGAGCUAAUGGAGCUACUGGAGUGUAAAUUACGAUUAAUUUUUCACAAAAACGCUAUACAAAAAGAUUCGAACAUUCCAUUUC